AUGUCAACCCAGCAGUUUCAGUAUCCCAAAUCAUACUACCAGCUGGAGCCAUAUCAAUACCAGCAGCAACAACACAUGAACGGAUCAGGACAGAGCCAGGCGCUGAACCAGACUCAACAGCCCGCAGGCGGCCAGACUCAAGGCCAGCCUUUGUCGCAACUGCAAAUGCUUAGUCAGUAUCAGCAGCACCCAUACGGCGGUUACUACAACCCUAACCAGCUCCCAAUGCAGCAGAUGCAACAACCUCAGCACCAGCAGCAGCAGUACCAGCAGUACCAGCAGCAGUCGCAUCAACAGGGCUCGCAGGCUGCCUCCGACUACUCGUCUCAUUACCCCGGUUACUCCAACUCUUCUGCUGCUCACUACAACCAGUACCCUGUGUAUCAAGGCCAGCAGCAUGUGCCUCAGGGUCAAGUGUACGGUGCUCCAGCCAGUCAGGCCUCAGCACAGCAGGCUCCCUCUGCCUCUACAUCGUCUACUGCUCCCUCGAUGCAAUCGACUCAGCCGGGUCAGCCUGGCGCAGUCUCCUCCACCACCACCGGUGCUCCUACUCCAGGCAAGGGUUCUGUUUCUUCUGACUCUCUAGGCGGGAAUGCCAAUUCGUCCGUUGGUCAAUACCAGCCUCCCGGUAUCAGACCUAGAGUGACCACUACCAUGUGGGAAGAUGAGAAGACCUUGUGCUACCAGGUUGAUGCCAAUAACGUCUCGGUGGUGCGUAGAGCAGACAACAACAUGAUCAACGGCACCAAGCUUUUAAAUGUGGCCCAAAUGACUCGUGGCCGUCGUGACGGUAUCUUAAAGCUGGAGAAGGUCAGACAUGUUGUCAAAAUUGGCUCGAUGCACUUGAAAGGUGUUUGGAUCCCCUUUGAGCGUGCGUUGGCCAUGGCCCAGCGUGAAGGCAUUGUGGACUUGUUGUAUCCCUUGUUUGUGAGAGAUAUCAAGCGUGUUAUUCAGACCGGUGUGACUCCUGCCUCUCAGGGCAACACCAACUCUGGAACCACUUCCAAUGCAAAGAACACUCCCCUUGUCGCCAACUCAAGCAGUACCUAUCCUUCGACAGGCGCUUCCGGUGCCGCUGCCUCCUCUAACCCCAAUGUUGCGUACUACCCUCAGUACCCAUCGCAAUAUGCUCCGGCAGCUGGUGCCACCUCUGGCUCAGGAUUAGCCGACACUUCCUCCUCGGUGGCUCCUCAGCAGCAAGGCCAGCAGGUUGGCCAGUACCCAUUCACCACCCAGCCUUUCUACAAUCAAUACUAUGGUGGCUACAACCAGGGUUCGGGUUCUGGCGGCGCUAGCUCUUCAGGAUACUCAUACUCGCAGCCUGGCAUGUACUCGUCGUACGGCUACGGCCAGAUUCCUGGUCAACAACACCAGCAAGUUCAUCAGCAAUCGCACCAACUGCAAGCUCAGCAACUGGCACAGCCUCUGGGCCAGCAGGGCUCUCCUGGGGAUGACAAGAAAGACUUGAAGAACGAGGUGAAGAAGUGA